AUGGAUGUGUUGAAGAAUGUGCUUGUGUCAACUUCAAAUGGGGAUCCUUAUAAGGAUCUAUGGCGGUGUAUUUGGAGAGCGAAGAUCCCUGGCAAGGUUAGCAUUUGUGCAUGGCGUGCAUGCAAUAACCUCCUACCUACACGGGAUCGUCUCUUCACAAAGGGAUAUGAAGGCCCUAUGCAGUGUAUUCUAUGCAACUAUCCAGUCGAAGAUGUAUCGCAUGUUUUCUGCAAAUGUGCAGUAGCUGCUAAAAUCUUGAAGGCUCCACCUUUUCAAUUACAGCAUACUAUUCUGCCAUCCCUAAACUUUAAGGAAUGGAUGCUCGAGCGUGCAACCUCUUUAAAGCCGGAACUCUUUGCCAAACUAUCGAUGAUACUGUGGCCACUAUGGAGGAACAGAAAUAACUGUCUCUGGAAUGGAUCCAAACAGACAGCACAUGACAUCUCCCUAAGCAGCUUUGCAUGGCUCGAAGACUUUCAGAAAGCCCGUCAGUCUACUACUGCGGGCAACAAUGCACAGCAGGAAAAGGUAUGGGAACCAGCUGCAUAUGGGGCCUUGAAACUUAACGUCGAUGCAGCUUUUCUCCCUCAACACACAAAAGGAGGUAUUGGAGGAGUCAUCCGUGAUGCUCAGGGCAAGUUUGUGGCUGCUUUUGCCAGUCCAGUGGCGCAUACUGCAUCGCCAAAACAGUGUGAACUGAUUGCAAUCAGAGCGGGUCUUGAUCUCCUUCACUCACUUCGAAUACAGCACGUCAUAGUGGAGAGUGACUGUAUGGAAGCUAUUGCUGAAAUUCAAUGUCGGGAUCAUACGUUUCUUGCUAAUGGAGGGCUUAUUGAUGACAUCAAACAUGCUGCUGCCCAAGUCCAUUCCAUUCAGAUACGACAUACACCACGUUCUUGUAAUCGGGUUGCGCAUAGGCUUGCAGCCAUAGGUUUUGAGGCAUCGAUCUCAUCAUGUAAUCUGGUUUGA